AUGGAAUGCUGCUAUGUUUCAAAAACACUGGUGUUAGUUUCGGGAACGGGCGGUCGUUUUAAAGUGGAUAGGGACCUGUUCCAUCGGAUCAGCGAUUAUUACCAGGCUCGUGUAAAGAGUGGAAUGAAAGAUGCUCACCAUACUGAACUCACACUCGAUCUUUUGUCUGACCGCUGCUUGGCUGAGGUUGAAGAAUUUAUGCUGAAAAUGCAGUGUAAUAAUAAGGAAAUUGAAGAACAAUCUCUGGAAAACUUGGAGGAAGCGAUGCACGGCGCAUUGUAUUUGCAAGUUGGUGACAUGAUCCAUCAAUACAUUAGCCUGCUUGAGAAACACAUAACGGAUUCAACAUGGAUACGCGUAUUGAACAUUGCAAAGAAGUGUGGAGCGGAUACGUUAAUAGCCAAGUUUUUGGAUUUUGUUUGUGAAAAUUUUACCAGAUUUGUUCAGACAUCUGACAUGUUAACGUUAUCGCCAAAUGAUUUGCUCCACUUGUUAAAAUCGGAUCUUCUUGAUGCAGAUAGCGAGAUUGAUGUUUUCAAAUUUGUUAUAAAGUGGAUUUCUAUGGAGGAAUCGAGAAGACCUCUUGCAGAGAAACUAUUGGCUGAAGUGAGGUUCAGUUUGAUGACAACCGGUGAGAAACAGGAAUGCAGUGCUAUGCUCAGUGAGAUGAAUUUAUCUCAUUGUCAACAUGAACGUAUAGCAAAAGCCCGUGACACCACUGAAGUGAUGCUGAUCUUCAAAGGUCUCCACGGAAAGAUUGAUGGCUUUCACUUUCGACCUAUUGAACAUCUGGAAGCCAGUGAGAGAGAUACAACUUGGAGAGAUUAUCCAAUGGAUGAUGUCGUCGUCGAGGUGACUUCCGACAAAUUGGACCGUUACAAAGCGGUCGACCUACCGAUGAAAUGGUGCGAUUAUGAAGUCUGCAUCGCUGACAGGUGUUUGUACGUGGCUGGCGGAUCGGAGUUUUCGUUUCGCUCCAUUUUGUAUCAGUUGACUAGCAAAGUUUACGUUUUCAGUUUCGCGCAAUCUCUCUGGAAACAGUGCUCCAGCAUGCACCUUCCAAGAAAAUCAUUCUACUUUUGCAGCAUGGCUGAAGGUUUGUUUGCAGUUUCAGGAAAGACGAAGUUCAACAAGUUGACAUCCACAGUGGAGAGGUACAAGCCGAUGGUUGAUGAGUGGCAGACGGUGACACCUCUGCCCGUCGCAGUUUGUGGUCCCGCAGGAUGUGUACGCAAGGGCAGGAUGUACGUGAGCGGAGGACAUACAAGCUCCGGGGACGUGAGUGACUCCGUGUGGCAGUUCGAUCCCACCUGCAACACCUGGUCCUCGGUGACUCCGUUGUUGAGAGCGCGUUUUAACCACACGAUGGCAUCCGCUGGAGAUAAAUUGAUUGUUGUCGGUGGGGCCAAUGCAGUAAGAACGUUCUCAUUCGAUCAUUUGAUGGACGGAGAAAUGUACGAUUUUGAAGCUGACCAGUGGUCGGAUUUCAUAAAGUUGGAGAAGCCUGCCUGCUCGUCGCCAUCCAUCCUGAUCGGAAGUUCUCUCUAUCUUUUUGCCGGAGUCAUGGAUCUUUCAGGUGAAUCGCUUGUUCAAAAAAUCAACAUGUCUAAAUAUUUAAAUGAGAAAUCUUCUGAUGAAUCUGUGGUGAUGGAGAGGAAGAAGACUUUGAAUGAAAAUUUUGAAAAGUGUACCGCGAUGGAGGAAGUGGAAGAGAAACGGACCAUCAGUCCCGACCGUAAGGAUUAUUGCGAGGUUUCGUCGUUCAGAUUUGAUGGAGGGUGUUUCAGGAACAUGUGUGUUACCAAGUUACCAAAAAAAUUAUUUUUACAGUCUCUUUGA